AUGAGCGCGUACGGUCUCACCCACUCAGUGUUACCCAACGACGACGACGUCAAGAGUACCAAGCAUAUGAAUCGCCUGAAGGAACGCCGAGACCUCUACGUCACGCGUAUGAUUUAUAGUGGUGAGCGAUUCAAAGGUGACGUGCUCAAAUUAGUCUGGAAUCUCCUGGAUGGACUUCUAAGUGGGGCCAUUGGCUUGACUCCAAGUGGGCAGGGUUUCUUUGCACCUCGCAUCCACCUUAAUCAAGAUAGCCCAGAGGCUAGUGGCGGUGUCUACGAAUACGUAGUGCAAGAGGGUCGUUGCCCGCUCACCAACCGAUCCAUCACCAUUACAUCUAUUGAUAUCUUGGCAAUGGUAAACAACACUACACAGGGUGAUGCUGCACGUGAGAUCCGGCGUAUUUGUGGCAUCGAUGGCGGUUGUGUGGUAGAGGUUCUCGCCGGCCUUUCUGGACAAGUUACCCAAGACACGCUUAUUGCUCUGUUUCCGCACGUGAUAGGCGAUGAAGUACUCACGUCACGCAUGAUCGGCCGGCAGAUCAAGUUUUCGUCUCGCCUACUACUCUACUUUAGUAAUCAGCGAAGAUUGAUGAAGCAGGUUGCCCAGGCGGAUUUGGUCGCAGCUCUGAACACGCUACAUCUAGAUGACGCAGGUGGUGUUGGUGCUUACGCGGACUAG